ACUCCAAAUUUUAAUAAAAAUUAUUUUGGGCAUUAGUUUGGUCCGUCCCCUCAUCCAAGUAAAAAAAAAUAAAAAUAGUAGAGGAGCUUCGUCUCCCUGAGCAACCCCCCAAUUCAAACACUGUAUAUAAUAUAAUAUAACGUAUUAACGUACCUACAUAAGACCUAAAUAAACACUUAAACAAGUUCAAACUCCUAUUAAAUUUUCGUCGACUUAAUGCGAUAAUUAUUUUGAAUAAUAAUAAUCAAUUGUAAAUCACUUUGUAGCAGUAUUGAUCACACAAAUGAAACUAUUUACAUUUCUAUUGUAAAGAUACCAAAGUUUAUUUAAAGAUUAGAUAAAAAUGUUUACUUUACAUACCCGGGUUCAAAAAAAAUGUGAUGCUAUAAAAGAAACAGUAGGUAUGGAAAUCAUUACAGAACAAGAUUUGCUCUGCUACGUCUCAGAAGUACCUAUGUUAACCACCAACAUACAACUAAGUCCUCAAAACAUGGAUGCUGUAGGCGACGGAUUCGCUCGUAAUUACAACAUGGUGCCGUCUACCAAAAGAUCUCCAAUACCUUCUAUGCCGAUAAAAAUGAUUGUUUUCAUUUUUCCCGUUUUAUUGUGCAUAUUCAGUUGUGUAUUGACUGUUACAUUUUCCUACAAAUGGCACAUGGACUCUAAUCAACUACUUGUAGCUACAGUUGAGGAUGCAAUUCGUGAUUUGAAUACCUUCACUGACAUAGUUAGAGAUGAACUUUUAGCUAAACACGUAAGCAAUACAUACAAAGAUCAACAUAAAUCUAAUAUUGAUGGUAACGACUACGAAGAAGUGGCAGGAGACUUUGACGAAGGAGAUCGAUUUAUGGGCAGAGACUCAAUGGACAAUAAUUGGCCAGCAAAUCAAUAUCAGGCAAAUGAAUCAAAUAAACCAAAAAACCGAGACCGGCGUAACGCAGUGAUUGAUGCAACAACAAUAGUAAAAAAUGAAUUAAACAGCUCAAAAAAUGGAACGGCUGACGUAGAAAUAAUUCAAGAAGAAAAUACAAUGAGGACCUAUAGACAAGAAAGGUCUAAAAAAAUGGGAUCUACAAUAAAAAAACGUUAUAAUGAAUCAGAUGAAAAAUCGUACGAAGAUUUUAAAGAUACUCUAGAAAAUGCUGCAGCACAUUUUACAAGCGAUUCUUCAAAAUAUAGUACCAAAAUACAUCAACAUUACAAUGGAAAUGGACGUUUGAAACACCCGGAUGGUGAUUUUAGAGACUGGACCCAACAUUGGUGGGAUAAAAAUCUUAACACCUCAAAUCAUUUCAUAAUGAAAAAUGGCCAAGUUGAAAUAAUAAAACCAGGACUUUAUUUUGUUUAUGCUCAAAUAUAUUAUUCAGAUACACAUGACAUUAAUGGAUACUAUGUUAUGAAAAAUGAUGAAAAAAUACUUGGUUGUACUUCAACUCGACAUCAAGAUACUCAAGCAUCGGAUUCGUGUUACACUGCAGGUCUAAUAUAUUUCAAUUCUAAAGAUAACUUAUCCAUAAGAGGUUUAGAUACUCAUAGAUUUAUAAUUUUGGAUCCUGUAAAAAGUUUUUUUGGGCUCUUUAGAAUAUCAUAAGAUGGUAAGAAAUAGAUAAAAAUGUUUAAAUCUAUCCUUAUUUUAAUUUGAACACAUUAAAAUGUAAAAGAACUAU